AUGUUGGACAACCCGCUGCUGGACGAAAGUGAGGCGCCAGCUGCUGCCAAGCCGCAACCUGCAGCAGCAGCAGCAGCAGCAGCAGCAGCAGCAGCAGCAAAGGAUCUCGACCUUCAGAUUGAGCCCGCAGCAGCUCACUCAGGCCUGGAAAAUGUAGGGAGCAACAGCAGCAGCAGCUGCAGCAGCAACAAAGAGAAGUUGAUCGCGCCUGACAACGGCGCCAAGCCAUGUACAGCAGCAGCAGCAGCAACAGCAACAGCAACAGCAGCAGCAGCAGCAGCAACUGUGGGGCCCGGCAAGAAUGGGGAAGAGCAGCAAACCAAAAAGAGACCUGCUGAAGGAGACAUUCGGCAGAAGCCGCGGCAGCGGAAGAGAUCGAGGGGAGACAAGAUAAGGCAGCACAAGCAGCGCGUGCAGCAGCAGCUGCAGCAGCAGCAGCAGCAGCAGCAGCAGCAAGACAAGGGGGACCCAGCAGCCACUGCAGCUGCCGAAGAACCGCCAAAAAUCCCGCGUCCUCCGAAAAAGAAGUUUGUGCUGAUCAUCGGGUACAACGGGCUGAAGUUCCACGGCUUCCAGAAGCAGCUGUUGCUGCAGGGCUCCUCUGGGGCGGACUCCGAGGACUCAGGGGCUGAGGACCCGCAGCCGCAGCAGCAACAGCAGCAGCAGCAGCAGCAGCAGCAGCAGCAGCAGCAGCAGCAGCAGCAGCAGCAGCAGCUGCGGACUGUGGAGGGCGAGCUAGAGCUGGCGCUGCUGCGCUGCGGCAGCAUCGCCCCCGCGCACUUUGGCUGCCUGCAGCAGCUGCACUGGUCUCGAGCAGCAAGAACUGACAGGGGGGUGCAUGCAGCAGCAGCAGCAGUGGCUCUCAGGCUUUCGCUGGGGCCUGUCUGCUUCAUCAGCAGCAGCAAGGGCUGCCCCCAGCAGCAGCAGCAGCAGCAGCAGCGGGAGGGGCACGGCGAGCAGCAAACGGGCCACGCACAGCCGAACGGCGUGCACGGGCAGCAGAACGGCGUGCAGCAGCAGCAGAACAACCCGCUGCUGCAGCAGCAGCAGGAAGAGGAGAAGGAGCAGCAGCAAGAGCAGCAGCAGCAGCAGCAAGAGCAGCAGCAGCAGCAGCAGGCGAGCGAUGGGGAGGAAGAGGAGCAGUAUUUGUCGCGGGGUGUACAGACACUUGACAAAGAAUCCAUUGCUUUGUGGCAGCAGCAGCGGCGGCUUUUGCUGCUGCAGCGGCUGCAGCAGCAGCUGCCUAGCGACAUUUGCUGCUUCGACAUUGUCCCCGUCACCAAGAACUUCGACGCCAGAGUCAGCUGCUCCCGCCGGGUCUAUGAAUAUGUGCUGCCGCUGUGGCUGCUGCAGCCAGCAGCAGUUCGGGGGGACCUGCUGGGCUCCCACGCCCGCUGCAUGCAGACAGACGCAGCAGCAGCAGCAGCAGCAGCAGCGGGUGAGGCAGCGGAGCCGGACGCAGCGGCGACAACCAGCACAAAAGCAGCUGCAGCAGAAGGCGAGGGGGCUGCAGCAGCAACACAGUCAGAUGCAGCAGCAGAAGCAGCGGCAGCAGGACCAGUGGCAGCUGCAGCAGCAGCAGCAGCAGAGCCAGUGGCAGCAGCAGCAGCAGCAGCAGCAGCAGCAGCAGCAGCAGAUGUUCCAGCUGACGCGCUGCCUGUCUGCAACGAAGUGCCUCCUGAGCUCGCUUCUUUCUAUCCGGACACUCCGAAGCGGCUCACGGACGAAGAACUCAUA